AUGUCAUAAUCUGCUUAAAGCUAGAGAUAAUAAAGAUCAGUAACUAAUGUAUAAAAUGUUUCGUUUGCUGGAUCUUAAAUUAAUAAUGUAAUUAUAAAUUUUAUAAUAUUCUAGCCUAAAUAACUUGAAUCUUCACUUUCUCCAUUAAAAAAUUAAGAUUUUAAUAAGCCUAAAACUUAGAGAGUAUAUAAAACAUAGAACAUGAAUUCAAUACCAAAAAUGUAAGGAAUUCCUACAAUGACUGGAAUUCCUAAUUAAUUUACUGUUUAAUAAAACUGUGUUGCAGCUCAACCAUUAUGCAUGAAUAUUAUUGUUGUUUCAAAAGAAGAAAUUGAAAUGCCUUGGAGACUUGAGUGUGAAUAUUUACAAUCUAUUAUUACAGAGCUACAAAAUUCAUAAUAAUAAAGUAAAUCUGUAUAAAUAGUUGAAAAAAUAAUAACGGAUAAUUCAAGAGUUGAAUUAUUAGAAGCUUAAGUAAAAGAAUUAAGAAGAUAAAAUGAAUCUUUAUAAUAUGAAUUGCAUUCAUCAAAACUUAAUUAUGAAAAAGAAAUCUAAAAUAUUAAUGGUACAUUUUAACUUAGAAGUGCCUAAGUUGAAAAUAUUGCAUAAAAAGAAAAUGAAUUUUAUUUAAUCAGGAUGGAAUUAGAAGAAAAAAUAUCAUCAUUGAAUAACAAAAUUAAGUAAUAAGAUCAAUCCUUACGAAGAUCAUCAGAUGAAAAUAUUAGAUUACAAUAAAUAAUAAGGUAGUUAAAUUUUAUAUUUUUAAGCUCUCGAGAAACUGAAAUUAAUUCUCUUAGACAAUAAAUUACAUAAGCAUCAUCUAAUAAAAAUGAAUUAAUUAAAAUUAGAGACCUUGAAUCUUAAAUUAGAUACUUAAAUUCAGAAAUUGAUACUAUUAAUGGAAAACUUAUUGAUUCAAAUAAUGAAAAUUAAUAAUUAAGAAUCUAAAUCUAAAAUUUAGAUUAUAAAACAGAUUCUAAAAAUAAUGAACUGAUUCUUAAAUUAAGAGAAUAUGAAGGCAGAAUCACUAUCUUAACAUCUGAAAUAGAGCGACUUAUUUAUUCAAUUAAAUAGAAAGAACUAGAAUUAGAUGAAUGGAAAGCUAGAUAUUAAUAAUUAGAAAUGUCUGGAUCUUCUGUUUUCUAAGAAAAAGUAGAAUAUCUAUCUUAAGAAGUAGAAGUAUGGAAAUCAAAAUUCAUAAGAGCAAACCAUGAAUUCAACAGAUGUUAAGAAGAGAUUUCAAUGUUGUAGGCAGAAUUAGAAUCAUUAAAAAAAUAAAGAAAAGUAUUAUUCCUUUUAAUUAUUAGUAAGAGUUAACAAUUACAUCUAGAGUAGUUACAAAAUAAGCAACAACUUAAAAUAAUAGCGGUUAUAAAUAAUACUAAUAGUGA